UUAUCUGCCUCAACUCCUUCCAGAGCAGAGCGAGAACCGCAAAGAAGAUGGCGGCGCUACGAGCGGUGGUGCUAUCGGGGAACGGGAGGGCUCUCCUCAGCACCCCGAAAACUCUCAGGACCUCCAAGGCCAACAUGUCUUUCGCCAGCUUGCCAAGGGGGAAGAAGGUUGCCCUGACAACCCUGGGUGUGGUCACAGCCGGUGGAGCCGGGCUUGCACUGUUAUUGCACCAGUCGGUUAAAGCAUCCGAGUUGGAGCUUCAUCCCCCUCAGUACCCCUGGAGUCACGCUGGACCUCUGUCCUCUCUGGACCAUGCUAGUAUUCGCCGUGGUUACCAGGUGUAUAAGCAGGUGUGCUCAGCUUGCCACAGUAUGGAAUACCUGGCUUUCAGGAACCUCGUGGGAGUGUCGCACACAGAGGACGAGGUGAAGACCAUCGCAGAAGAGGUUGAGGUAGUUGAUGGUCCUGAUGAGAGUGGCGAGAUGUUCACCCGGCCAGGAAAGCUGUCAGACUAUUUUCCAAAGCCCUACCCCAACCCCGAGGCAGCCAGGGCCGCCAACAAUGGCGCCCUUCCUCCAGACCUUAGCUACAUUGUGAACGCCAGACACGGCGGAGAAGACUAUGUGUUCAGCCUGCUGACGGGUUACUGCGACCCUCCUGCAGGAGUGACAGUGAGAGAGGGACUUUACUACAACCCCUACUUCCCUGGGCAGGCUAUUGGCAUGGCCCCACCGAUCUACAAUGAAAUUCUGGAGUAUGAUGAUGGAACCCCUGCCACCAUGAGUCAGGUUGCUAAGGAUGUGUGUACUUUCUUAAGGUGGGCUGCUGAGCCCGAGCAUGACCAACGCAAACGCAUGGGACUGAAGCUGCUGAUGGGCUCAGCUAUCAUUGUGCCUCUGCUCUACUACAUGAAGAGACACAGGUGGUCUGUGCUGAAGAGCAGGAAGAUCGCCUACAGGCCUCCUAAGUAAAUGGAACAAAUCACCUCUCACACACCCCAACCUGGGCCGAAAACGGAGAGGGCUGCGUUCAAUGACCCCACAAUGCUCACCAUGUGAUGAUCUUAGCCACAUAAUUACUGACAAACACAAACAUGCCUUUCUGAGAGGGGGAACAGAACUUGGAGUGGAUGUACUAUGUUUAUUCUUACAGAAUUUUCUUUUUUUUCUUUUUUACUAAGCUGGUGGCAUGGUAGAACAAAUAUUGUGAAAGUUUUUUGUUUUUUGUUUUUUUUUUUAAAUAUUCUGCAUAUUGUGGUUCACGUUUGUUUCAGAUUUGUGGUGUUCUUGAACGCACCUGCUGCAAAGUUUGUUUGAUCGGCAACGAGUUAACUACUGGUAGCAGUUCCUGUUUUGACAUCUCGUAUCAGUCUCUUUGUCACAAUUGACUGCGAAGUUGAUUGACUGUCCAUCUUUGUAAGAUACUCAAUAGCAAUGCAAGUGGUGAGAAGUGAAACAUCCAGGGUGUGUGAUAAGUCAUUCUUCCACCGUCUUCUCCACAAAGCAUGCUCUAGACUUCAGUUUUAUUGUACAAAAUAAAUUAUCUUAAAGGAA